CAAGGAUGAGCCGGCCUCGCCUGCAAGACGGAAGACGAGCACGCCGAAGAAGGAGAAGGCGGCAUACCUCCCCCCAAGAGCGAAGGCACAUCCUGAGCCCGUAAAGUGGCGGGAGCAGUACGCGCUCAUUGAGCGCAUGAGGGCGGGCAUUGACGCACCUGUCGACACUAUGGGAUGCGAACGGCCGCGAACAAUGCAGGAUCUUGAUGCCAAGACACUCCGCUUCCACAUCCUUAUCUCGCUGAUGCUGUCGUCGCAGACGAAAGACGCCGUAACAUCCCAAGCCGUCAUCAAUCUCCAUGAAACUAUUCCCGGCGGUUUGACGGCUGAGACGCUCGCAGCCGCACCAGAGUCGACUGUUGCCGAGGCGAUCAACAAAGUCGGCUUCUGGCGACGCAAAACUGAGUACAUCCAAGCUGCCGCGCGCACGCUCGCUUCACGAUCCGACGGCGAUGUGCCGCAAACAAUCGAGGAGCUGUGCGAGCUCAAGGGCGUCGGGCCAAAGAUGGGCUUUCUUGCGCUGCAGGCCGCAUGGAACAUAAACGCGGGCAUCGGCGUGGAUGUACAUGUUCACCGGAUCACGAACAGGCUCAACUCGGUGACGAACAUAGCUGACGGCUGCGUCAACCUCGAGUCGUGGUUGCCACCAGAAUUGCACCGGCCGAUCAACCCGCUCCUCGUGGGCUUUGGACAGGUCAUCUGCCUGCCCGUCGGGCCGCGGUGCGACGUCUGCUUGCUCGGCCAGCAGAAGUUGUGUCCCUCGCGUGUGGCGGUAAAUGCUGCAAACCGGAAGGAGAUCUCGUACCGCUUCACAGCUGAUGAGGAUGAGGACGUCAAGUCCGAGCUGGACGAGACGAAGCCCAAGGUGGAGAUCGCGUACGAGGAGGAUGUAAAGCCUCGGCCCGAGGUGGAUGCUGUGGACGGGGUGGAGAAGCUGGAGGAGAAGGCGACGGUCGACACGAUCUCCGUCAAGCCUGAGCCGUUGUAGCAGUGUACAUAUGUAGCCAU